AUGGCGCCGAAUGCGCUAACCCGCAACGCAGGACUGCGACUGGGACCCAUAUUCCUUGAGACGCUGUUCAAGCAUUAUAUUGAGCAGGAUGAGGACGCCGUGCCGUUGAGGAAGGACGAGCUGUUGUAUGACGAAGUCUUCAAUAUCGUCCGAUCAUUCCUGUCGCAGGCAUCAGCCAAACACACAGUCGAAGAGCUGCAAGCCUUCUCAAACACUCGUACACCCUCUACCCCAGCCAACCACGUUGUACGAGUGACAAUCCCAAUGUCCUCCUGCGACUCUGCUGCCGAACACCUAAUUUCGGCGUUCGGAGGUGAAGAGAACAUGAAGCGGACAGUCGGCGGAACGAAAUGGUGGCAGGUUCGCGGCAUUCGCGGGGUGAGUGCAGAGUGGAUGUGCUCGAAGAAGGACCAGCAAGAGGCGAAGAGGAAGGCGAGAGAGGCAGCCGGAGGGAGAAAGCCCACGACGGGCUUCAACUUCUUCAACACUGGCUCAUCUACCGACGCUGGUCCUUCACUCCCAUCGGAUGUAAGCGACGAUAUCGAAGAUGUCUAUCGGGCAGAGAUGGACAACCUCAAAUGCAUCUUGUACUUUCAUGGAGGGGGCUACUAUUUCGGGAGUAUUGAUCAGGAGAGGUACACGAUGCAGCGGAUGGCGCGCAAGAUACACGGGCGUCUACUGGCUGUCAACUACCGUCUCGCGCCACAAUAUCCUUUCCCAUGUGCAAUCCAGGAUAUCCUCGCAGCCUACCUGUACCUCAUCAACCCACCCGAAGGCGCCCUUCACCGUGCCGUCUCUCCAUCUGACAUAGUAGUAUGCGGUGAUUCGGCAGGCGGCGGACUCACGGCCGCGCUUCUACAGGUCAUCCGCGACGCCGGUCUACCUCUACCAGCCGGCGGCAUCCUCGUCUCGCCCUGGUGUGACCUCACACACUCGUUCCCCUCCAUCUACCAAAACACCACGACGGACGUCAUCCCUGCCACAGGACUAAGCUUGCACAAACCGUCUAGCUUGUGGCCUCCUCCGCCAGACGGCGUGAACGCGAGAGUCAGAGAUGGAUUGAGAGCAAGCGUGCGCGCUGCGUUUCAUCGGCAUGGCAGGAAAGGCAGUGGGAUCAACGUCGAUACGAAUAUCGCACAAGAACGACAAGCCCCGCCACAUCGUUCCGAGUCAAUGGUCGAGCUCCCACCCCUCAGUGCAGGCGGCACAGGCGACCAGACGGUAACAAUAGACGACCCAAACGACCCCUCGAAGCCCAAGAUCGAAAUCCACUCCCAAUUGCAACUCUACUGCCCCAACGCACUUGUUCGGCACCCGCUCGUCAGCGCCGCGCUAUCGUAUCUAGGUGGCCUCUGCCCGUUGCUGGUGAUUGUGAGCGAUAGGGAGGUGUUGAGGGAUGAAGGGAUCUAUACUGCCCAUCGGGCGGCGGACCCGGCUAAAUUUCCCAUCAAGCAAGAGGUGGUGGAUGUGUAUCCGAGAUUCAAGGAUCUUGCGCCGGAGAACAUGGUGCCCACUCCGGUGCAUUUGCAGGUUUACGACGAUGCCGCACAUGUACUGCCUGUCCUCUUCCCCUUCACCACGCCUGCCAAGUACUGCUUCAGAGCAAUGGCCACAUUCUGCAAUCAAGUCUACUCCACCGACCCUCGUCAACGCCCCUCCACGUCUUCUGACUCGAUACCCCCGGACAUAACCAUCCUCCAAGACGAACCGGUCGUUGCGUCCCCUACCUCCGAAACCGCACCAAAAUUUCCAAGUCAGCCUCCGACGCCUAUGACGGCCGUGUCGUCCGCUACACAGCCGUCCGACUCGGAGGUGGAGAGACUGGAGAGGGCCAAGUCACUCGAUGCGAGCAACGCGGAUGUGAGACCGUUGAGGGAACGUAUGUCGAGGUUGUCGUUGUCGAGCAGUCUGGCUUCAUUGAGGCGGAGGUCGAGGUCUCCGCAUCCGAAGUCGCCUCGAGAACCUCAGCUACCCUCAUCACCCACCGCGAACGGCCCACCCUUUUCACCCAUCGCCACCGUCACUCCAACACAGGCCAAUCAACCGACACCUCCGACUCUGCCACUUGCGGUACCAAGGAAGGAGCCGUCCGAAGACGUUGCUGGUCCACGACACAAACACAGUGCACCGCACGCGCCGUCCGACGUUCUUGCUGGCAAUAACAUCGUCUACACUCAAUCCAACCCACCCUGGCCGAACCCUCCAGCACCCAUGAUCCGUGAACGCAUCUCAACAUCCGGCGUCGUCCGCCCCCUCGAACCCCAAUCCACCCUCUCGGCAUUCACCGUACCCGAAGAGCAAGUCGGAGUGGUUCCAGAGGCCGCGCUCGUCCGCUACAUGGACGGCAAAGCCAAGAUGGAUGCGAAGUAUAAGAGGGAGAUCAAACGCAUCGGGAAGAAGAGGAUGAGAGUUGCAAAAGAGGUGCCGGAGAGCAGUGCGGCGCAUUUGGCUAGGUUGCAGCAUUAUUUGGAGAGGCAGUCUCAAGAGGGAGAAGUGAAGAAGGGCAAGGGGAGGAAGAGUGAUGGGAAGGCCGACGGAGAAGGAGGCGCCUUGAAUGCAGCGAUCCUAGGAGCGAACUGGUCCCUCGCUUGGGCAUUGGACAGCGACGAGCAUCCGCCACCAUCAUCCAUCGUCGCCCGACGCGAUACACGUGAAGCUCGCGCUUUGGCACUGGUGGCCGAUCAAGCGGUCAUUGCGGAACCGAGCAGGUUGAACGCCAAUAGUCUCUGGGCGAGCGUAUUGGGGAUGUUCACCGUUGAUGCGAGUAGAAAAAGUGGGGAGAACAAGCGGCCGAGCCGUGAUGAUACAGACGGUCCUCAGAAUGGAGAGGCACGGGAGAAGAACAAGGAGGAGGGGAAAGAGGGCAAAAACGGGAGGAGAAAGAAGCGGGAGAGCAUCGUUGGGCAUCAUGCGUUGGCCGGUGGGGAGCCGAAGAGCAAGCGGCGUGCGGGAUUGUCGUUCUGGCGCUUACGAGCGUCGGGAAAGAAGCACGAACCAGAGGCGCGCCAGGAGAUCACGGCGCAGGUGUGA